AAGGGCGCAUGUGCAACCAAGAUGGCGGCGCCCAUGGUGGAGACCCAGAGGAAGUUGGAGUGUCUACACAUGACCAUCUUCUCCCAGAGUUUCUCUCCCUGCGGGAGGUACCUGGCAGCUGGAAAUAACUAUGGCGAGGUCGGCAUCUUCAGCCUCGCAUCCGCCCUCAGCAUGGACGCCACUGAGGAAAACCAGAAACCGGUAUUUACCUUCCAAGCCCACGAUGGUCCUGUCUACAGCCUGGUAUCCACCAGUCGGCAACUCAUCAGCUCUGGCACUGGAGACGUUAAAGGAUGGAAUUGGAAUGAACUCAUCAAAAAGGGAUGCAAAGAGGCUUGGAGUCGUCGACCUGCAUUUGGGACCCGUUUGGACAUUCCCGAAAUUAACAGUCUCAUCCUGAACCAUAAGGACAAUACUCUGCUGAUGGCCUGUGGGGAUAACUCUGUUCAGGUGAUGGAUCUGGAGAAUGGCGUCUUCACGCAAACACUCCGGGGCCAUAAGGACUACGUUCACUGCCUCGCUCUGAGGGACCAGCACAGGGAGUGUGUCUCCGGGAGUGAGGAUGGCACGGUUCGGCUGUGGGAUCUCCGCACAGCAGCUGAGGUUGACGUGAUUGAGGUGUACAAGUAUGAGGAAUGCACCAGACCCCUCCAUGGCAAGUGGAUCGGAUGCCUCAGCACGGAUUCCAAUUGGCUGGUGUGUGGCGGGGGUCCUGCCCUCUCUCUCUGGCACCUCCGCUCUGUCACCCCCACCACGGUGUACCCGCUGCCAGGUAACCAGCACCAGGUGAUGUUCUACCAGGAUCUGCGCCUAGCACACCCCCUCAGGAACGUCCACCUGGAAGGUCGAGGGACAGCCGAGACGCUGGGAACGCUGCCGUCGCUGGAGCUCCACUGCACAGGUGCAUCGUGGUUCCGCCAACAGCACCGAUUCAAGAUGGCGGCUCACCACCUUCUCGCGAGGAGAUUGGCGGGAGGGGGCGCUGAGUGGAUAAAACAAUCGAAUUGA